UAUAAAAUAAUCUUUUUUAAAAUGUUCCACCCCUCAACUCUUUUUUUCCCUGGGUUUCACUUCUUUUUAGAAAAAAUAAAAAGUAGUGACAAAAAGAGCAGAAAUUACGCAUUGCAAAUUGCAACACUAAAGUCCCCAUUUUCACAGUCUAUUUCUCUCUCUCUCUUUCUUGUCGUCAUCACUCAUUUCACCAAAACACCAAUCCAAAAUAACACAAAUGUCUCUCUCUCUCUUUCUCUAAACAACCCAAAUACCAAACACCAAACUGUCUCAAGACGUCGCUCAAAAUAUGGUGAAGUCACGUAAACCACCAAGUGGACGUACAAAUUUAGCAUCAUGCAUAGUAGCAACAAUAUUCUUAAUCUUCAUUAUAAUUAUAAUCUUCAUUAUCUACUUCACUAUAUUCAAGCCAAAAUCUCCAGUUAUCACGGUUAACUCCAUUCAGCUCCCAAGUUUUUCUACUUCUAAUGGAACUGUUAGCUUCACAUUUUCUAUAUACGUGUCUAUCGCAAACCCUAACCACGACGUCUUUUCUCACUACGACAGCUCACUUCAGUUGCUGUAUUCGGGUAAAAGGGUCGGGUUUAUGUUCGUACCCGCUGGUAAGAUUAACUCGGGUCGGACUCAGUAUAUGGCUGCUACAUUUUCGGUUAAGGCUUUUCCUUUGAUGGUUAAUGGGCCUGAGAGUGUUGGUGGGCCUAUAGUGAGUGAUGGGCUGAGUGGGUUUCGGGUCGGGUCGAAUAUGGAAGUGGAGUCCAGAUUGGAAAUGGUGGGUCGGGUCAGAGUGUUGCAUUUUUUUAAUCAUCAUGUUGAGACUAAAGCUGAAUGUAGAAUUGAUAUUUCUGUUAGUGAUGGAUCUGUUACAGCUUUCCACUGUUAAUUAACUCGUGGAAAUUCGCAGUUGCUAUUCUUUGGGUACGCAUGGAGUUAAUCCGCUCUCAUGUAAUAGCUCGCAAACAUGUUAGUGAGCACCAAGUACAUUUGCUCUUGUGUAAUAGCUUGCAAAUAUGUUAGUUUUACGGUUGAGUACCAAGUACAUUAGCUCUUGUGUAAUAGCUUGCAAAUCUGUUAGGUUUUAAUUAAGUGCUGAGUUUUACGUUUUUCUCCCUUGGUUUAGUUUAUUUGUGUUUGGUGAUGAAUUGAUGAAUUUUCAUGAGAACUGUAAAAAAAUGUUUUGUUGAAAUGUGUAUCUUAUUAUUCACUUUAUUGUUAAAGAUAGUAUUUACUUUU